CUUUCGCAAAAUUCUUACAUUUAUUUGAGGUUUAGUCCUCUCCUUUGUUUGUCCAGUGUAAACUUCUUUACUUUCAUAUCAUAUUGAGUACAAACUUCCUUGUCAAAGUCUCUUAAGUUUUAUUCACUAUAUCACUUUUAGUUUUAAGAAUUUUUACUAUUAGAAAAUGUGAAAAAUCAUCCACGAUAGUUAAGAAACAUUUACGACUGUCAUAGAAGUAUAUUUUAAUGGGUCCACUCAAAUCACUAUGAACUAGGUCACCAAAAUCCGUUGACUGUCUUUCAUGGUUGGGAUACAAAGUUUGUCGAGGAAAAUGCUCGUAUAUUAGAUAACAUUCGCACCAAGAAAAGCUUGCUAAUUAAGAUAUUUCGCAAUGAAAAGUUUAUUCGGUGUUCUGAAUAUUUCUUAUUCUGACCAUGAGUAUUUUCGAAGCAUAAGAGAGAAUCUUUAAAUACAUCGCAAUAUUAACUUUAUUAACAACAGCGCUAACAGAAGGAAAUAGCACAAUAUUUACUUCAUUACGAGUAUGUAGCCGAAGCAAUGAUAAAGCAAUUAUUGAAGAUGCAGGCGAGCGGUUACAACCAUCUUACACUUUGAACUUUUGUAUGCAAUGCCAAAAUGAAGAUGAGACUCAUAGGAGGGAUAAAUGUCAAUUAAUCCAAAGGCGAAUUGUUCACAGGGAUAUUUGUCGGUAUAAAAGUAAAAUUGUACGUCUGAAAAAACAGAUGUAAGGCUGGUUACUUACCACAUAGUUCGUGCGUUAGUUAUUUUUAAAAUAAUCAAAAUGAAAAUGUUUAUUAUUAUUUCGAUGUUUGUGGCUGCUGCCGUAGCUGCUCCCCAAGUAAAUCCUGCUGAUGCUCAAGCUCAAGUCUUGAAAUACGACAGUGAUAACGCAGGAAUCGAUGGAUAUAAUUUUGCUUUUGAAACGAGCAACGGUAUUUCUCAACAAGAGCAAGGAACUUUGCAGAACGCCGGAUCUGAGAAUGAGUCUAUAGCAGUCAGAGGUAGUUUUACAUAUACCGGUGCAGAUGGAGUUGUCUACACAGUUACCUAUAUUGCUGAUGAGAAUGGAUUCCAACCUCAAGGAGCCCAUUUACCUUCAAAAUAGCCUUCCUGUAACCUUUAUUACUUUGCAUGUCUCAUGUAUUUUUUUUACAGAAAACCCAUAAUUUUCAUUUCGUUGCACUAAACAUCCAUAAAUGAUGAUUUUAGUUCACAUUCAUUCUCUUGUUCUAUAUCAUACUUCUGCAUCUAUGGUCAGAUUUUCCAAUCUCGUUUGAGAUCAUUUCUAUGUACGUGCUAUGUCUAUAUGUUUCUCAUAUGUAGUUAUUCUAUUUAUUGCUGUAAAUAUAUUUUUUUAAAGUAAAUAAAUGAACUUUUCCAAUAA